UGGAUACAUUUCGCGGAGGCCCAAACGUUACCCAACCCACGACUGAGGCGGAAACCAUCGGUCUCCAGUCGUUUUAGUUUUAGGGUUAUGUUGCCGGAAAAUAGCAAAAGCUGAAUUUCGUCGGGCUGGUGAUCGCGAUUCCGCGAAAGAAAAAAUGGCGGCCUGCGUUCUGCUUAAGAGUCGUGGUUCGAAAGCUCCGAGGAGGGAACUGGGAGCCGGCGGCUGGGGAUCGGUCUACAGCCAUUGGACUCAGCGGUGUUCCAAGGGUUACUUCCCGCCGAGUCCCGGCGUCGCAGGUUUCACCGGCGAUUCCCAAGAUAUUUCAACCCUCCAUUAUCUCGUUACGUCUGCUUCUGCUGGUGUGCUGCGUCGUGCUGAUGAUACUCUGUUGUUCAGCGCUCAAGGCAUUAACCCUGACUACUAUUAUUCUCACCACUAUAUCAAGGAAAGAAUUGAGCCUUGGGCCUUUGAGGGUUCUGACAGUGGUCGUUGGGGUCGCAAGCUUCUCAACAGUCUGUUUGACGGCUUUGCUGAUGAGAUGACCAUCCUCCCUGAACCUGUGCUUCCAGUCGGUGAACCGGGCACGAAGAUUCCUUGUGCUGCUUGGCAGAAGGUUUUUAACAAGUGUGUGAAGAGACAUGAGAAUGCAGUAGCUGGCAAGUGCGAGUACCUGAGGUGCAAGUUGUACGAGUGUCGUACCACACAGAAUUGAGACUGAUGGUGUUAACUUGUAGGAGGGACAGCGUUUGAGAAGCUCUAAUAGAGUUUUAUAAUACUGAAUAUGUUACACCCUCUUAUAUCCACGAUAUUUGAUACUUUAGUCCAAGUAUAUUUACAUGUAAUUGUUGUUGAAUAGCUGUUCAAAAUUAAACUAGCAGAGUAUUAGAGUAUUGCUAAAACAGGUCUAGGCUCAACCAAAUUGUCAUCAUUGCGUUAUGGAUUGUGGUAAUCUUAAUUGGGUGUUUAUAUUACAACUAUAGUUUCACUCGAUAGUUGAUACUGUUCCGAUCCUACACUUG